AUGGAGCAUCAAGAAAUUAUAGCCGCUCAAAGUAUAACGACUUAUAGCAAUGUAAAAUGUCUUGCAUUACAAUUACCAAAAUUUAUUGAAAGCAAAAAUGACGUCAAAAUUGUUUAUUAUUAUUUAAAUAAAUUUUUUAAUUGUUCUUUUGAAUAUGGCAAUUUUGGUACAUUUAUAUUCAAUCCAGAAUUGAUUCAAUUAUUAUUUGGAAAUGCUAAACAAUUAUAUAUUUACAAAUGUUUCCUGUCAAGUACCGAGCACAAUAUUGAAAAUUUAUUGCAAUUUACUUCGAAUUAUUUAGCUUGUCAAACUCUUCGUAUUUAUUUUCUUCUAAAGAAAGACAUUAUGGAAGAAUAUAAAAAUAUUUUAUUUAAAAUUUUAACAAAAGGAGACAAUUUUGAAGAAAUUCAGUUAGACUUGAGACAUUCAUAUGGGCCUGAUUUAGCAAAUAGUCCUUUUAAAAACAUAACAUUGCUUUAUCAAAAUAUUGUUGAAUAUAUAGCAACAUCUAGAGAUUGUUCAAAAAUGGUGCCUGUUAUUAUUUUACGUUAUUAUAGACCAACAAAUCUUCAAUUAAAUGAAAGAGCAGAAAAAGUUGAAAUUGAACAAAGAACUUAUACAAAAUAUACAAAAUAUCAAAUUACCAAUAUUUAUAAUCCAAAAGUGAGAUUCUCAUUUACCGUUAGCGAAAUGGAAAAAGACCUUUGGACUUGCAUUGAUAUCAGAAAAGUAUGA